ACUUUGGUGGGUGCCGCCAUCUUGUUUCGGUAGCUCUUGAGAAAGUGCUUCCGGGUGAGAUUGUCGGUUGGAAAGCAGCAUUUGGUGCUGAAAGCGUCCUCGCGCCUUAGUUUCGUCGAGGGAGGGGGGAGUUCGGACGAAGGGCCGUCGCGAUGGCGGUGGAGUCUCGCGUUACUCAAGAGGAGAUUAAGAAAGAGCCCGAAAAGCCAAUCGACCGCGAGAAGACCUGUCCCCUGUUGUUGAGGGUCUUCACCACAAACAAUGGACGUCAUCACCGAAUGGAUGAGUUUGCCCGUGGAAAUGUACCUUCCAGUGAACUUCAGAUCUACACAUGGAUGGAUGCAACUUUAAAAGAGCUGACAAGUUUAGUAAAGGAAGUCUAUCCAGAAGCAAGGAAGAAGGGGACACAUUUCAACUUUGCAAUAGUUUAUACAGAUCUUAAAAGGCCUGGGUACAGGGUGAAGGAAAUUGGCAGUACAAUGUCGGGAAGAAAGGGCACAGAUGAUUCCAUGACUUUGCAGUCUCAGAAGUUCCAGAUAGGGGAUUACCUUGACAUAGCAAUUACACCACCCAAUCGAGCACCACCUCCUUCUGGUCGUAUGAGACCUUACUAAUACUUUGCCUUACAUUAGACUGCCAUCUGUAGACCUUCACCAAUUUAUUUUUGCAUUAUCGUACUGAUUACUUUUUAAAUGUAAAGUGAGAAUACUAGAACAUUUAGUGAUCUUAAGAAGGAUUGAUGUUUGAAUUAUGUUAUUGUACAAGCUAUUAGUUUCCCCUGUCAGGUUUUUUAUAAAGUUGACCCAAGCAACACAGCUGUUUUCUGUAUUUUUUAAAAACUUGUUAUGAAAUAAAUAUGCCACUAAGUCUAACUUG